GUAAUGCACGUUGGGAGUUCGCUGUAUGGACCAGAUGGGACCGCUCUGAAUUUCCACUAAAAUCUAUAUCUCUUUCGUCAGGGUUUGUAAUUGGCUCUCCUCGCUUUCAGCGGGAAUGGAGGUGGGAAUGGGCGGAUGGUGAUACAAUUUGACCCAAUGUUAUAGAAAUCUCCAGGGCAGCUCUUCUAUUGGGAUUUGCUUCCUUGGUUCUGAGUCACUUAGGCCUGCCCCUUCCUUUUCCUAACAAUCUUGCCCCCCGCCCCCUGUCCUGGACUGCGUAAAAUGGGGAGACUUCUAAGCUGAAAUUACUUAUGUUGCUGGCUCCUGGUGCCAGGGAAGGAUCUCAAGUCUUCAGUCCUCAAAGGUCACCUUUCAGGCCUCAUUUCAGAACAUGGGCUCUAGUCCCGAGUCCCAGCACACCUGGGCAAGCCGCGCGCCACCCCCGGCCCACUCAGACUCGGCGAAACCAUCCCCGAGACCUCACACCCGCCGGAAAACACCCUCCUAGCUCGGACCCCACAAACUGGCGCAUGCGCAGCACAGGCGAAGGCCGCCAGCCAUCCAGAAGUCCUGGCAUCUGCACAGCGGUCAGUCUCGGAAAGGCCUGGCCCCACCGUCCCCGGGAGGAAAUCCCGGCAGCAGCCUACCCAGCAUGACUACUCGCCGAAAAACAAGGGAAGCCGCGGUCCUGUCUCCAGCGCGUUUCCGGUUUAAAUCUAACUUCCGGUUCGUCAGCCGGUUCCUGUCUCUGCCUUUCACUUCCGGUGCCUUCUGUGGCGCUGCGGCAGGUUCCUGCGUCCGCCGCCGACGGCCCCACCGCUCUCCAGGUGUAUUUUUCUGAACAAAAGUUGCCUCAACAUAUGUUUUAAGGAUGGCUCUCCCUAUCAUAGUAAAAUGGGGUGGGCAGGAAUAUUCAGUGACCACACUUUCAGAAGAUGAUACUGUGCUGGAUUUCAAACAGUUUCUCAAGACCCUUACAGGAGUGCUACCAGACCGACGGAAAUCACUUGGACUUAAAGUUAAAGGCAAACCUGCAGAAAAUGAUGUUAAGCUUGGAGCUCUCAAACUGAAACCAAAUACGAAAAUCAUGAUGAUGGGAACUCGUGAGGAGAGCUUGGAAGAUGUCUUAGGUCCACCUCCUGACAAUGAUGAUGUUGUCAAUGACUUUGAUAUUGAAGAUGAAGUAGUCGAAGUAGAAAAUAGGGAAGAAAACCUACUGAAAAUUUCUCGUAGAGUGAAAGAGUACAAAGUGGAAAUUUUGAAUCCACCCAGGGAAGGGAAAAAGCUUUUGGUACUAGACGUUGAUUAUACGUUAUUUGACCAUAGGUCUUGUGCAGAGACUGGGGUAGAAUUAAUGCGGCCAUAUCUUCAUGAAUUCCUAACAUCUGCAUAUGAGGAUUAUGACAUUGUUAUUUGGUCUGCAACAAAUAUGAAGUGGAUUGAAGCUAAAAUGAAAGAGCUGGGAGUGAGCACAAAUGCAAAUUAUAAGAUUACCUUUGUUUUGGACAGUGCCGCUAUGAUAACAGUGCAUACGCCAAGGAGAGGAUUAAUAGAUGUAAAGCCUCUUGGCGUUAUAUGGGGGAAGUUUUCAGAGUUUUACAGCAAAAAGAACACCAUUAUGUUUGAUGACAUCGGAAGAAAUUUUCUAAUGAACCCACAGAAUGGACUAAAGAUAAGGCCUUUUAUGAAAGCUCACCUAAAUCGAGAUAAAGACAAAGAACUUUUAAAAUUAACUCAGUACCUCAAGGAAAUAGCAAAAUUAGAUGACUUUUUGGACCUAAAUCACAAAUAUUGGGAAAGAUAUCUCUCAAAGAAGCAAGGACAGUAGUUCCAAGUUAUGCUGGCAGUUAUUGAAGAUACUUGAGAUCCACGAACUCUUGCUUUUAUGCUAGAAAUCAUUAUAGUAGUGCUGGACACUGAAGCAAAUACCAGACUGCUUAUACUUGGUCUUCCAGUUUUUUGUAAAUUUAAUUUUAUAUUUUUU